UUGCUGUUAGGCAGGUUGAUUUGUUGGCCCGAGGCUCUCUCAUAUAUAUUCAGUAACUGCCUAAUUUUCACAGAAUCUGCAAUUUCGCCUUAUUGUUCGUCUCACGCUGAUUUUCUACUUACCACCUGUAAAAGACACCUUCAUUUAUUACUUACCACCCGCGAAGGCAUGCAAUUACAGACUUGAUAUCAAUCAACACCUAGCUUCCCUGUUAGGUAUGCUUCGAUUAGAUACUGUUUUGUGAAGCAAAUAGUACUACUACUACUACUACGUGUCUAAAUGACAGCUCCUGUGCCAUGCAUGCAGGUCUCCCUCAUUUAGUGCAAACCUACCCCGCUCCUCAAAAAUUUCCCCAACCACCAUCAUCAACCCUCAUUUUAAUCUUCGAUCUCCACGGUACACAAACCCUUCUCUUUCACAAACGCACUCUCACCAGUCACCCCCAACAAUGGCAGAUCAACAAUCCUCAAUCGAACCCUACAAGUUCCUCAAAAUCGUUCCCAACCCAGAUGGCUCACUCACCCGCCUCGCCCCACUCCCAAUCGCACCCACAACCGAGUCAAUCCCUGCCUAUUCUGAUCCCAACUCAUCCCAACUCGUCCUCUCCAAGGACAUCCCUCUCGACCCAAAAUCCCAAACCUCCCUUCGCCUCUUCAAACCCCUCAAUCUCCCCCCAAACCCAAACCCAAACCCUAACCUCCCUCUCCUCAUCUACAUCCACGGCGGCGGCUUCAUCAUCUGGAGCGCCGCCUCUCAGCCUUUCCACCACUGCUGCUCUCGUCUCGCCCUCUCCAUCCCAGCCCUAGUCCUCUCCGUCGAGUACCGUCUCGCCCCCGAGCACCGCCUCCCCGCCGCCUACGACGACGCCGUUUCGGCCAUCACCUGGCUCAAAAACCAGGCCUCCUCUGCCGACGGAGAUUCGUGGCUGAAAAACUCCGUUGAUUUCUCCAAGUGUUUCAUCAUGGGAACUAGCGCGGGAUCCAAUAUCGCCUACCACGCGGGUCUACGCGCUUCCGAUAUGGACCUCUCCCCGAUCAAAAUCCGAGGGCUGAUAUUGCACCAGGCGUAUUUCGGCGGGGUCAACAGGACCGAAUCCGAGAUCAGGUUAGUCAACGACCGGGUGCUGCCGUUAGUUGCUAACGACUUGAUGUGGGCCCUGAGCCUGCCGGAGGGGGCUGAUCGUGACCACGAGUAUUGUAAUCCAUCUAUCAACGGCGGUGAUGGAAGGAUCGGACGGUUGCCGUGGUGUUUGGUGAGCGGGAAUGGCGGGGACCCGCUGGUGGAUAGGCAGGAGGAGAUCGCGGCACUGUUGGAGUCACGCGGGGUGCACGUGACGGCCCGGUUUGAGGAGGGUGGUUUUCAUGGUGCGGAGCUAUUCGACCCCAACACGGCCGAGGCUUUCUAUGAGAUUGUUAAGGAAUUUAUCGGCUCUUGUUGCGCACGCGGUAGCGAUGAUGUUGCCGUGUUAAAAUCAGCCAUGUGACAAAUAUAUGUGCGACGGGUGGAAUCGGGUCGGUCCAUUAGGUUUUUUAAAUCUUUCGUAAAAUUGAAUAUUUAUUAUGUUUUUUUUUUUCAAUAAAAAAUAAUAAUUAUCAUGUAACAUUUUCGAUCA